CGCCGGCAGAGGGAGCCCGCGGCGCAUGCGCAGGGCGUCGCACGCGACCAAACCAAGGCGAGAGGAAAAAGAGGGGGCGUCUUCGAGGAUGGCGGCCGUUGGCGGGCGGGGCCGGCUCCCUCCGGCGAAGGCUUUCCUGCCCUUCUUCGCCUUAGGGGUGGUUUUGGCCGGGCCGGGCGGAGCUUACAAGCUGAACGCCCCGAAAGUCCUGCUCCCCUUCAGCCGCGAGAAGCGCGUCCCUUUUUAUAUUGACGCCGAGGGGGGCUGUUACUCCUGGUAUUCGACCCGCCAUGACACGGUUACCAUUGAGCCUGUGUACGAGAACGGCACGGCUUGCUCCCGGGGAGCAGUGCUGGUCGCCCUUUCCACGCAGGCCACCAAGCUGGCCAGCGUGGUGAUCGCGGAAGAGACAGUGACAGGGCAUUUGCUCCGGUGUGACGUCAUUGUGGACCUCAUAGACCGCAUUGAAAUCAUCUCCCGAACACGAGAGAUCUAUGUGGAAGACUCUCCGCUCGAGCUGAGUGUGAGGGCCCUGGACGCGGAAGGCAACACCUUCAGCAGCUUGCAGGGAAUGGAAUUUGAGUGGAGCAUCGCCAAGGAUGACGACGUGGAGACCCUGGAGCUGUCGAGCAAAAUUAGGAUUUUAAAGUAUUCGGAGGCGGACUAUUCCCCGCUGGGGUACAUCGCGGAAAUGGAAAAAGAGGAGAAACAAGGAGACAGGGUCCUGGUGGCGGGAAUCAAAACCGGGGCGGCCGUCAUCAAGGUCCGAAUACAGGAGCCUGUUUACAAGAAAAUAGCCGCUGCCGUGGUGCGCCUGCUGGUUUUGGAGAAUAUCUUCUUGAUCCCUUCCUACGACGUCUGCCUGCUGGUUGGAGCGUACAUCAAGUACCGAGUUGGCAAAAUCAUCCAGGGGAAAAUCACAGAGGUCUCGCUCCCUCUGGAACAUUACGAGCUCAAGCUGCUGCGAGAGGAACCGAAGCCGCCCGGGGGUUUCUCCCUCCUGCCCGUGGCCGAGCUGGACGCGAACACGGUCACCGUCACUGCUCGGCAGCUGGGACAGGUGGACCUCGUCUUUGUCCACAAAAAUAUCCACAUGCGAGGUUCUUCCAGGCUACCCAACUCCACCAUAUACGUGGUGGAACCUGGAUUUUUAGGUUUCAGCGUCCAGCCUGGAAACAGGUGGAUCCUGGAAGUGGCGCGCAUGUACACCGUCACCGUCGAAGUAUACGAUAAAUCGAGCACGAAAGUCUACCCGUCUGACAACCUCCGAAUCACUCACCAGUUCUCCGAGGAAUAUUUUGAGGAAUACACGUCCUCGGCGAACGGUUCUUACCACCUUGUCCGGGUUCUGAAAGAUGGCGUGACCGUCAUUAAAGCCGCGCUGGUAUCUGUUCUCCUCCAGAGCGGCUGGGAAGAGGUCUUGACGUCCCCCAUCAGCCACGAGCAAGAAGUGAGGAUCUUCCUCCCCAUCAAGCUGACACCUCCCUUCUUGGCUUUCCCGCAUCAUCCUUCGGAGACCGUGUAUCGCUACAGGGUCCAGGUAGAAGGAGGCAGCGGCAACUUCACGUGGACCUCUUCGAACCAGACGGUGGCCACCGUCACGGUGAAAGGGGUAGUGGUGGCGGAGCCGGUCGAGGGGCGAAGCGCCGUGCAGGCCCGGGACGUCCAGAACCCCUUCCACUUUGGAGAAAUACAGGUGUCUGUGCUGAAGCUCUCAAAGAUGGAAUUCCUGCCGUUCCACGCAGACCUUGAGACUGGGCAGACCUUGGAGGCCCCCCUCCAGAUGUACCACGUGGAGAGAGAGACUGGGAAGGCCGUAGCGUUCACCGACUGCUCCCUUUUGCCUCUGGAUGUCAGCAUGGACAAGCAGGGGGUGUUCGCCUUGGAAGAGGAAGGGAAACAGAAAGCCGGCCCCACCUUCUGUUCCUCCAUCCAGCUGGUGGCAAGAUCCCUGGGCCAUACGCUCGUCACAGCCAGCGCCACUGUCUUUGAGGAGUAUUUUGAAGCCAGCGCCACCUUUGCUGCUUACGAACCUCUCAAGGCAGUGGACCCCGUGGAGGUGGCUUUGGUGACCUGGCACUCCGCGAAGGAAAUGUGGUUCGAAGGAGGGCCGGGCCCGUGGAUUCUGGAGCCCUCCCGCUUCUUCCUGGAGCUCAGCGUGGAACACAAGGAGAAGGUCCACGUGAGAGAGAUCCGGCCGCCAAACAAGAGGAAGUCACACCAGUAUAUAUACCGGGUCACAUGCCUGGAACUGGGGGAACAGGUGUUCACCUUCCAGGUGGGCAACCACCCAGGUGUGCUGAACCCCAGCCCGGCCGUGGAGACGGUCCAAGUGAGAUUCAUCUGCGCCCAUCCGGCGAGCAUGGCGGUGAUGCCGGUCUAUGAGCUGGCAGCGGGCACUCCGCCUUGCCCCUUGCCCCAGCAUCAUAAGCAGCUGGUCCCUGUCUCCAGCCUGAGGAACACCGUGCUGGAACUCGCUCUGUUCGACCAGCACCGGAGGAAGUUUGACAACUUCUCCUCCCUCGUCCUGGAAUGGUUCUCGGCCAACGAAACUCUGGCUCACUUCACUCACCCGACCGCCCUUCAAAUGGUGGCUAAAGACGACGACGGCACCGGACAGACCAGGCUUCACGGGCAUCAGCUGCUUGAGGUCCAUCAGAUCAAAGGAACGGUCACGAUUGGGGUCAACUUUGUGAAAUACUCCGAGAGAGGCAGCCCGAGGGAGGUCUCAAACGCUCCUGUCUCUGCAGCCGUGGAACUGAUGCUCGCCGAGGACGUCACGGUGGUCCCCGAUAACGUCACCCUGUACAACCACCCCAGCGUCAAGGAAACGUUUGCACUGGUGGAAGGAUCCGGCUACUUCCUAGUCAACAGCAGUAUACACGGCCUGGUGAACGUCACCUAUCUGGAGGCGGAAAGCGCCAUCCAUGUGGUUCCCAUCCUUGCUGGGCGUUUGGCCCUGGAGAUCUUCGACCUCUGUCUGGCCUUUCUGGGACCGGCCACGGCCUACCUCCAAGUCUCGAAUAUGCAUGAACUGGAAGUGGACCUCGUUGAUAAGAUCGAAAUCGGCAAGUCCGUCUUAGUCUCGGUCCGCGUCCUGGGACCUCACCGGCACCCUUUCCGGAGUAAAUACUUCGUUUAUAUGGGACUCCAGCUGAAGGCAGCCUCCCCAAUUGUUACACUCACGGUGGGGGGCUGCACCAAGAGUUCUAAAAACAAGCGUGCAAGACACACGGUGAUGUCCGAGGGCGGCCCUCAGCCUCAGUCCCUCAUUCACUUCUCCAUCAGUAACCAGACUGUGGCCGUGGUGAACGGACUGGGGCAGGUGACCGCUAAGGCCGUGGGCACGGCCACCAUCCUGGGCACCAUCCGAGCCGUCAAUGAAGACACGGGAAAAGUCAUAGUCUUUUCGCAGGAUCAAGUGGACCUGGAAGUUGUCCAGCUGAGAGCAAUACGAAUUUAUGCCCCCGCCACCCGCCUUAUAACCGGCACUGAGAUGCCGGUUUAUGUCAUCGGACUGACCAGCGCUCUGACUCCCUUCUCCUUUGGGAACGCCCACCCGGGGCUGACCUUCCACUGGGCAGUGACCAAAAGGGACGUCCUGGACCUCGUUCCCAGACACUCAGAGGUUUCCCUGCAGCUGGCUCCAGAGAGAUGCUUCGCAAUGGUCUUGCGCACCAGGGCGGCAGGGAGGACGAGCAUCCGAGCGACGGUGCGGAUUUUGGACCCGGGCGCCGGGCAGUUCGAAGGCCCUCUCCCUGAACUUUCGGAUGAAGUGCACAUCUUAGUGUUUGAGAAGCUCCGACUCCUCUCCCCCGAGCGCCCGGCGGAGCAGAUCCUGAUGUCCACAAACUCCCAGCUCAAGUUACGGACAAACAGAGACGGGGCUGCCGACGUGAGCACCCGGAUCCUGCGGUGCGACCCGAACUCUUCCGUCCUCGAGGCGAGCGGUCGGGGCCUCCUCCAGGCGGGCGCCGUCACCGGUCACGCCGUCCUGGAAGUCACCUCCUUAGAACCGUUCGGCGUCAACCAGACGGUCAUCACCGGCGUGCAGGUGGCCCCCGUCUCUUACCUGCGCCUGAGCGCCUCUCCCAAGCUCUACACGGCCGGCAAGGGGCCCCUUCCGGCCUUUCCCUUGGGCAUGGCCUUCACGCUCAGCGUCCAGUUUCACGACAGCACCGGGGAGAAGUUUCAAGCGCAGAGCACGCAGCUGUCCCUGGCGUUGAACAGAGAUGACCUGCUGCUCAUUCAACCCAGCGGCAGAAACCACACGUACGCCGCCCAGGCCGUGAACCGGGGCGUCACCCUGGUCGGCGUCUGGGACGAGAGACACCCCGGCAUGGCCGAUUACAUCCCGGUCCCGGUGGAGCACGCCAUAGGGCCAAACCUGUCUGAGCCGCUCGCCGUGGGGGACGUGGUGUGUUUCAGCGCUCCCCUCGUUAGCCCAGAAGGAAAAUCUGGGACAUGGCAGGUGGUGCCUGGGGACGUCCUGGAGAUGGACACCGUCAGCGGAGCCUCGUUUGCAAAGAGCGCCGGGAAGCCCACCAUCUUCUACGAGAUCCCAGGGAUCGGGAAAACUUACCGGGAGGUUGCCAUCGGCGGCUCCUCAGGGCCGAGCCUUCAACUCGGCUCCAGAAACUACCUCACCAACAAUCCGGACGCCUCCGAAUUCAGGGUUUUCGUUGCCACCGGCAGUACGACGACCCUUCGAGGCCCUUGCAGUUCUGCGCAGCUCCAGGCGCUGAGAGAUCUCCUCUUCCCACAAUCGCACCUGGUUUGCCAAGUGGACUUCAGCGAGACGGUGACCGACAUCCCCGCCGAAAAGAUCUUCCAUACCCAGCCCGCCUUCUACGCUGACAAAGGUCUCUACGCCUGCCUGAUCACGGUGAGGUCCCAGUCUCCAGACGACCUCCUGGCUCUGAGCACCGCCGAGGGCUUGGCGUCCGUGACGGCCUCGUUCCUCGGCGAUCGGGGCCCAGCCGGGUCCCAGAAGCUGUCCGUCCCCUUCUGGCCUGCUUUCUACCUCAACCAGUCCGAAGUCUUCUUCAGCAGCCAGCAGCUGAGCGGCGAGAUCUUGGUGCUGGGGUCACGAAGAGUGACGGAAAGCAUAGACGCCCGGCCCAGCUCCCCGGCAAUACAGCUCGAACCGCCCUUGCCUCUGCCGGACAUGCCUGGACUUGUCCUCUACCGGCUCCGGGUGGUGAACCUGACCUCUCUCCACCAGAUGGCGGCACCCGCUUUUGUCAACUUCUCCUGCGCGCUCACCGGCCAGAGGGCCGCCGUCCUUGUGCGCGCUUUGCGAGAGAGGUUUGCCUUCGACCAGUGUACGGACAUCAGCCUCAUUAGGCACCUGCUAGGCUCCUACCCGGUCCUCCUUUUCGUCCUCUUCGUCAUCCUGGCCGUCGCCUCCGUCGUGUAUCUCACCUGCGAGGCAUUCAGCUCCAAACCAACGACUACCGGCCCCCGUGUUCGCAUGUCUACACCAGGCACCGCGCAGACAGGCUACCAACUCUCUCCUCUGAGUGCUCAGCAGCAGCAUUACCCCACCUUAAGGAACAGAACCGAGGCCUGGCUGUGGAGUGUCAGAAGGUAAAAAGGGCGCCCAGUGGAGGACACAUGACCUACACCUGUACGGCCUGAGUAAACUGGAAAA